AUGCUCCUAAAGCAUCAGUUGGUUUGAGUGGGAAUCUUUGAAGGAAUGGAUUAUAUUUCUCUUGAAGAAAAGCUUUAGGGAUUGAAGUUACUAUCUGCAAGCAUUUGAAGAGGAAAAGGGAUUUGUUCUGUGCUCGGUCCUGAAAUCCUGGAUGCACUGCCAAAGCCUCUACAGUUCAGCAUCAGAACAGUUCCUUUUAAGACUGCAACAUGGUGUCCUCCAAGAAAGUCACCCUCUCAGUGCUCAGCCAGGAGCAGUCAGAAGGGGUUGGAGCAAGGGUCCGCAGAAGCAUCGGCAGACCUGAGUUAAAAAAUCUGGAUCCAUUUUUGCUGUUUGAUGAAUUUAAAGGUGGUAGACCAGGUGGAUUUCCUGAUCACCCACAUCGAGGUUUUGAGACAGUAUCUUACCUCCUAGAAGGGGGCAGCAUGGCCCAUGAAGACUUCUGUGGACACGUUGGUCAGUUGAACCCAGGAGACCUGCAGUGGAUGACUGCAGGCCGAGGCAUUCUUCACGCUGAGAUGCCAUGCUCAGAGGAGCCAGCCCAUGGCCUACAACUAUGGGUUAAUUUGAGGAGCUCAGCGAAGAUGGUAGAGCCUCAGUACCAGGAACUGAAAAGUAAAGAAAUUCCUAAACCCAGUAAGGAUGGUGUGACAGUUGCUGUCAUCUCUGGAGAAGCCCUGGGAGUAAAGUCCAAGAUUUACACUCGCACACCAACCUUAUAUUUGGACUUCAAAUUGGACCAAGGAGCAAAGCAUUCCCAGCCUGUUCCUAAAGGGUGGACAAGCUUUAUUUAUACCAUUUCUGGAAAUGCAUAUAUUGGGCCUGAUGACGCACAACAAAAAAUAGAACCUCAUCACACAGCAGUGUUGGGGGAAGGUGAUAGUGUCCAGGUGGAGAACAAGGAUCCUGAGAGAAGCCACUUCGUUCUAAUUGCCGGGGAGCCAUUAGGAGAACCAGUUGUCCAACAUGGUCCAUUCGUGAUGAACACCAAUGAAGAGAUUUCGCAGGCCAUUCUUGAUUUCAGAAAUGCAAAAAAUGGGUUUGAAAGAGCCAAAACCUGGAAGUCAAAGAUUGGAAAUUAGUGAAGAGCGAGCACAGGAGCAGGUCUCGAUGCUUUCUGAAAUUUUGCCAUUUGUCGCAUCCAUUUAGUCAAUGCAUUCAGUUUCCAAAACUGACUUAGCCAGUGCAUAUGAAGAAUUCCACAAACAGUGACAGCAUUGUUUUUAUAGCAACGUACAUGAGAUAUUUCCUGGCACAUACAAAUAAACCUAACUGUUGCUUCUUUAAAAAUCAGUAUUCUUCAUUUUCUGUAUGUUUGUUUUUCAUGUGUGUAUGGAUAUUUUGUUAUUUUUGUGAACGUCUGAGAUUUUAAAGCAUAAUUGAUUGCUUCUGUGUGUCACUAGCAGUUGAUGCCUCAUGAGCAUCUGAAGUCCAUUACUCAGCACUGCAAUUUUCAAUACAGAGUCAUGCCUAUGUGCAGAGGUUUCACAUUACAGGUUAUCUGCGUUAAAAUAACAGCAGUCCUAAGCAUUUGAGUCAGUUUUUAAAAACAUCCUUGCUAUUGGUAGGGAUGUGACAGGAUUACAGCCAAGACUUCCCUGCAUAUUCUGCCAAAAUCUGUGUCAGAUUUAAGACACAUGCUCCUGCAAGCUUCCAUGAGGGUUGUGAAAAGAGUUGGAAUCCAGAAUUGGGUUCCAGCUUUUCUGUAGCUGCAAACAUUGGUGGCCACACCACCUCUUUAUAAAGCAGCUAGAACCUGGGGCAUAGGGUAGAGAGUUGUUUUU